AUGUCUUCUAUACACCCUACAAAUACAGGAUUGCUUGAUAAAAAUGUCACUCAAAUGAAAAAGUAAAUUUGGUAUUAAUAAUUGCUAUUCACUUGGGUUUAUCCAUUAUUAUUCGUAAGAUAUUUGUUUCAUUUUUAGAUUGGUAAAAAUCAACCUUUGCGUUAGUAAGAUCUAUAUAGAAUCAAUCAAAAUGAUUCAUCAAUUGUUUCUUUCAAAAGAUUUCACUACUAUUUUUCGAGAUACUUUAUAUCCUUUAAUGGUUUGUAAAAAUCAUUAUUUUUGUCUUUUAUUGGUAAUUUAUCACUAGAAUAUCAAAGGUUAAUUAUGUGUAUGCUUAGUAUUUUAUUUUAUAAGCGUAUCACUAUUUCUUUGUUAACCAUUCAUAACUGAAUAGUCAUAAAAAUUCUUUAUUUAUGAAACAGAUGAUGAAAAGCCUUCAAUAUAAAAAAUGCUUAUAUUCUCAUUUUUGUUCUUUAUUUAUAUGUUUGCAAUAUCUUUAUUAAAGCCAUUUUAACUUUUUUAAUAAGUAAAUUGAUAUUAAAUAAAUAGUCAUUAUUAAGUAUAAAGAUUUAAGGAGCUUUAUAAUAAUAAAUUCUAAUUAAAACUUUAAAAUUUCCAGUCAUAAGAUCAUAACAUUAUUCAAGUGGAGAACUAAUUAAUUUACUAUAAGUAGAUAUAAUGCAAGCAUCAAAUUAUUAUUAAUCUUGUUUUUAAUUAUUUUUAUCUCCAAUAUUUUUAAUUGCUACUGUGGCAAUCUUUUAUAUGACAUUAGGAAAGUAAGCUUUAGUUCCAGUUAUAGGAACAAUAAUCCAAACACUUUUUGGAAUACUUUUUGGUUAUUAUUAUGGUGUAAUUUAAAAAAGAUACAUGAAUUGUAAGGAUCUAAGAAUGAAAUCUGUAGAUGAGGCCUUAAUCUUUUCAAAAUAAUUGAAGUUAAAUUGUCUUGAAGAAUAUUUUGAAGAAAGAGUAAGAAUAUUAUAAUUAUUAGAUAAAACAUAAUAGAGAUUAAGAAUUAAAAUAUUUAAAAUAUUAAGUCUAUUUAUAAAUAUUAAUUCUUUUUAUGUAAUGUGCAUUAAGUGUAGCAACUUAUGAAUUUUGGUUUUUAUUUGCUGAUGAAUUAAAUUUUGGUAUUGUAACAAUAAUGAUGCAAAAUUAUUAAAAUAUAGCAAUGCUUUUAAGUGAGUUACCAAAUUAAUUAAGAAAUUUUUAGACUUCACGAAAUUCUAUUAAUAGAUUAUCAAAUUAUUUUUAAUAAAAUGAAAUUCCUAUAAACACUAUAGCAUAUAAUAAUGCUAAUGAAAAUUCAAUAGAAUUCAUUAAUUCUGAAUUUGAUUGGUAAAAUAAUGAUAAAUUUGUUGAUAAUUGUAAAGAGGAUUAAAAUUAAGAUGAAAAUGUAGAUGUAUUUGGAGUUAAUAUUAAUUUAUCAAUAGGAAAAGGGAAAUUUAUUGCAUUUGUAGGAGGGUAUUUAAUAUUUAUUGAUUUAAUUAGAUCAGCUUCAGGAAAAUCAACAAUUUUAAGAUCAAUUUUGGGGGAAACAAAUAAUUUAGGAGGUUAAAUUAAUUUGAAUGGUUCUAUUUCAGUUGCUAUGCAAGAACCAUGGAUUAUUAGUGGUAGUAUAAGAUAGAAUAUAACUUUUUUAAAUGCUUAUGAUAGUCUUAAAUAUAAGAAGGUUAUAUAGAUAUGUGGAUUAGAUAGAGAUUUGAAAUCUUUUAAAAAUGGAGAUGAAACAAUACUUGGAGAAAAGGGAGACAAUUUAUCUGGAGGAUAACAAAAAAGAAUCAAUUUAGCAAGGGCUGUUUAUAAUGAUGCAGAUAUUUAUUUGUUAGAUGAUCCAUUAAGUUCUUUAGAUAUUAAAGUAAAAUAUUAAAUACAUUAAUAAUGUUUUAAUGGAUAUUUAAAAAAUAAAACCAGAAUUUUAUUUACUAAUUCAAUUUCCAAUCUUUAAGAAUGUGAUAUGAUAUACAUUCUUGAAAAUGGUCGUAUUGUAAAGUAAGGAACAUUUGCAUAAAUUAAAUAUGAUAUUUCAUAAUCAUAAUCAGAUGAAUAAAAAGAAUAUAUUGAUAUUAAAUUUGAAGAAUCUUAUUAUCCAAAAGAAGUAGAAUAAAAAUAAGAAUUAAGAGCAAGUCUAAUUGUUGAAGAAGAUUAAUAAUAAGGAUCAAUUUCUAAAUUAGUCUUUAAAUAAAUAUAUAAAUAUUUAGGGAAAUGCUGGUUGUUUAUUAUCAUAUUAGGUUAUUUUGUUACAACUGUUGCUGGUUAAAUGUUUGGAAAUUCUAAAUUAGCUAUGGAUGGAGUAAGUGAUGAUGAAUUUCGAUCAAUUGCAUUAGUUGCAUAUUUAAUCAUUUAAUUUCCUACAUGUACUGUUGUAGUACUAUUGAAAUUAUACUAUUUAUAUAGAGGUUUAAAGACUUCUAAACAAUUACAUGAAAAAGUUAUUAACAGUUUAGUCAAUGCUUCAUACACUAAAUUUUAUAAUACUAUUCUUAUUGGUAGAUUAAUGAAUCGUUUAAGUAAAGACAUUUAUAAUAUUGAUUUAUUGUUUCCUAAUGAAGUAUACAAUCUUACAAGUUGGUUAACAACUCUCUUAUUACCUUUAAUUGCUUGUUAUCUCUAUUUAAAUGUUAUUGCUCUUCCAAUAUUAAUAGUCUUCUUUAUAUUCAUUAUUUAUUUAACAAUCAUCUAUUAUAGAUGUUUAAGAGAAGUUACAAGAAUUGAAUCAGUUUCAAAAUCUCCAGUUUUUAGUCUAUUUUAAUAAAUAGUUAGAGGUAGUUCAUAUGUGAGAACAAGUGUACCAUAUGAAAAAAUUAUAAAAUAACAAUAAGAAAAUGUAGAUAUUGAUUUAGGUAAUUAAAUCUGUUUAAAUGGUUUCUAAUAUUGGUAUUAAUCAUUAGCUGGAACAUUAACAAAUAUAUUUUAAACAAUACUAUUUAUCAUAUGUGUAAAUAUAUGAUUUAUAUUUAGUUUUUAUAUCCUGGCAAAACUUAAAAAAUGACAAAUAUGGUUUUGUCAUAAAUGCAAGUUGUUUCUUAAUUACUCUUAAAUGCAACAGUUUCAUAUGGUAAUAUUCAAAUGUAUGGUAUCUCUUUUGAAAGAUGUCUUCAUUUAGCUAAGUAUAUUAAUAUAUAUAAUUAUUAAGUAACAUUGAAUUAGAAGAGAGGAACACUAGUUUUAUUACUCCUUCUGAUGAAAAUGAGAAUCAAAAAAAUGAAAAUUUUAUAAAUGCGAUUGAAUUUGACAAAUGUUCUUUUUAAUAUAGACCUAAUUCCAAAUGCAUACUUUCUAAUCUGAGUUUUUCAAUUAAAUUAAAUGAAAAAGUAAUUAUUCCUAUUAUUGUUAGAUUGGAAUAGUAGGAAGAACAGGAGCAGGAAAAAGCUCUAUUAUUUUAGCUUUGACUUAAAUAUUAGAUUAAACAUAUGGAUCAAUAAAUAUCUUAGGAAAAAAUAUGAAUUCAUAUAAAAUUUCUGAACUUAGAAAAUAAUUUUCUAUUAUCCCAUAAGAUCCACUUGUUUUUAUGGGAUCACUUAGAAAUAAUUUAGAUCCAGAAAAUAAAUAUGUUGAUUCUACUAUACUUAAAGUUUGUGAGAUUUGUUAAUUAUUUGAUCUUGAAUCAUUUAAACAAUAGUGUAUUUAUUUUUACUAUGUUUUAAGAAUUACUUAGUGAAAUAUAAGUUUAGGGUAGUAAUUUAAGUUAAGGAGAAAAAUAAUUAUUAAACAUUGCAAGAUGUUUAUUAGAUAAUUAAAAAAUUAUUUUAGUAGAUGAAGCUACAGCCAGUAUAGAUGGUCCAACUGAAGAAAAGAUUAAAGAUGUAAAUAUUAUAUUAAUAUUUAUAAAGAUUUUUGAAUAACACCUAUCUUAAUGUACAAUUCUUACAAUUGCCCAUAAAGUUACCACUAUUAUGAAAUCUGAUAGAAUAAUGGUUCUUGAUGAUGGAAAUAUUAUUGAAUUUGAUACUCCUUUAAAUUUACUAUAAAAUGAAAAUAGUGAAUUCAAACAAAUAAUUGAAUUAAUUAAACAUUCAGAGAAAUUAUGA